AGCCCUGCGCCGCGCCUCGUUUUUCUCAUCGCCACGCUGGCACUCACACUCGCAGGAUAGAUUCUCUUGCCUUGGACCGUCACCGAGUGUCUCUCGGUGCAUCUUUCCGCAAGUAGUGAAAUCCGUGCGUGCCCAGACAACCUUAAUCAUUUCUCAAUCCACUUUCUUUUGUGUAUCGUUCAUAAAUUGAUAAAAUUUCAUUUGUCAAAUAUUUCUAUCAGCUUUCUUGAAUAAUUUCAGUUUGAUAAAUUGAGGCUACAAAAAAGUAUUUCCGAGACAAAAUUGAAGUUACAUUUUCCGGAAGUUCAAUUGCGUAAUCGACCAGAAAUCGAUUUGUUUGAAAAUUUCAUUUUAUCGUGAAGAAUUUGAAUCAAUUCGUGGCUCGAGGGUUCACGAAUUUCUUGCUUCAAUCGAUUGGUGAAAUUUCGUUAAAGACACGAUUCAACGACCGAUUAUAACACGAUUUUAAUGAAUUAUUUGUUUGUGUUCACCUCCCCGGUAUUCUACGCUCGUGAAAAUAAUCAAAAAGAAAAACAAAGUUGAAUCUGAAAAAAAAUCGUCAAGUGCCAGAUUUCGAAGGAUUGGCGGUACGAAGUUUUGAAUAAGAAUAGAAAUAUGACGCGGGCAAUGAGUCACCUAACGCGGGUGUUUAGUGGACGAACGAGGCGACGAGGGGGUGGCUCAAGUGGCGGCAGAACCAUCAACGGUGGUUUAAGAGUAUUGUCCACUUUUCAAAGAUGCACAAGUUCGAAAUUGGUCGUACUGCACGUCGCUCUCGUACUCUCAGUCGCAGCCACGGCCUUAUUGUGCGGUGCAAUAAUGUCAGACCACUGGGAAGAGGUUGGCUGGGAUCGUGACGCUCUAAAUAAGGCCAACAUCAGUCCUACGUGGUACUUGGACGGUCAAGUCGUCAUGCUCGAUCCUCCGAACGAUCGACGGAGGGGAUACUCACAUCGAAAACCCAUUUUCCUUGUGCCAAUGCACGGUGGGAUUUGGACCAUGUGCGUGUCUCUGACAGACGAGGAAAUCCGUCUUCUUGGACAAGUUGGCUUUCCUCAGGAGCGAUGCAUCAAUUAUUUGACGCCUGACGAAGCACACGAGGAAAUUCGGACCGCGUGGCAGAGCCGCAUGCAAAAUCUGAGCAUCUCGUGCUCGCUGGUCUGCUUAAUUAUUCUGGGGAGUGCGGUGCUCGUAGGGUUUUUUGGCCUCUGCAGACACCAAAUCUCGGCUGUUCUCGUGACCGGUGUUAUGUAUCUAUUAGCAGCAACUUUUGCACUGUUUACUUUGACGAUAAUCUACUUCAAACGGGCCCAAGAUCGGGGCGCUCGAAUAAUCGACGGCCCGGAGGACGGGGUGAUCGGCGGACCAGCGCCGAAAAGUGUUUUGAACGCUCGUCGAUUUACGACCGCGUGGAGUAUGGAUUUCGGUUGGGGCGGAGUAACGCUUUGCGCCUUGGCUUCGGUCGCGUGGAUUUUGCUGAGCAAAAUCAUGAGAUUUAGUCCGAUAUCGACGAUGCUGGCGUAGCAGUGGGACGCCUUCGAGGUGUAGAUACAUAAGAAAAUAAACGUUUAUUCGGCACAAACAGAGAAAACGUGCGAAUUGCAAGGCAGCACUUUUUCUUUAUUUUUCUCUCGUUUAAAUACGACGAAAAAUACACUAUUUGCCGGUUCAACGUAAUUUCACGUAUAUAUCUCGAAGGCGAAGCACACAACGAAUCUAUGUAUAUAAAAAAUAAUGUGCAAUUUAUAGAAUUUUUUUCGAGCGAAAAAACGAAAAAUUCAUUCCACCCUCGAUCCUGGGGGAAAACCGUUUUUUCUCUAAAAAUUUACGAAAAAGCUGAUUCGCUCGGUAAAAUAAACAGAGAAAAUCACUUCGUCGUAAAAAUGUAUUGUUGAUAAUGAGUCUUUCAAAAAAUCGAGUUUAGCCGCGACGAGAAUUGCGAAAGUUCGUUCGCCAGAAUCGAAUUUUUUGUUUUUUUACUCUCUUACGCAUUGCGCGGGAAAUAUCUCGGUAAUCCGAUGAAAAUCCGGGCGAACGUGGCUCUGCAAUUAAGCGGAAUUAAUUGGCGGUUCGAAUUGCGUUUGAAGCUUUUUAUUUAUACUGUGGAAUGAACCUAUUCGGACUCGGCUCUAAUUGCAGUCGUCACGGCAAAAAUAUAUGUACUUGCUUGAAUAAUACUUCGUCCAAUUUGUACGUGGAUUCAUAAAUUCGAGCGAGAUUUAUGAAUGAACUUCAGUCCCACUUAUAAAUUGCAUUAAAUAUUCUCCGAGUCUUUCUUCCGUAUAUAGAAAAGGAAUUAAAGUAGCGAAAACGUAGGCGAAUAAGAGCGAGUAUUUAUUCGUUUCGAAAUUCAUUCGAAGCGAGAAUUUUAUUGAUUUAGAAGGAAUGAAAUAAAAAUCGAGCGAUCUGUUGGUCCGAAAUUGGUCGUAAAUUAUCGUUCCACUGUGCAAAUGUUAUGAGGAGAAACAAUUUUUAUUUCCGACCGAAACGAAAGGAUUUAGAAUCGAAUAAGUAAAUGUUAGUAUUAGAAUUACGAAUACGAACAAAUAUGACGUAAAAACUGUGCAACGAGUGCUUAUGCGCUUGGUAAAAUAAAAAAAAAAAAAAAAAAUUCUCAGCUCUCCUUUGAGAAUUUUUUCUUUGCGAAUUUUCGCUUCUCCAUAAUUUUCAAUUUUUAUACGAUUUUUACACGAAUGAACUCGAGAUGGACACGCUGGAUCAUUUCUAGUCACGUUGUCGUGUUGGUAGAAUUUUAAACAUGAACAAAGACACGCGUAAGUCAGAUUUGACGUCGAAGAUUGUGAAAAGUGGAAAAUAUUAAUUCCUAGGCGAAUAGGCGAUCGCUAUGUACAGCCGUUUUUGCUAUUCUACAUAGGAUAUAUUCUCAACGUUCUCAAAACGAAAUAAUACGAUCGAUGGUGCGCUUCGUGUGAUCGUAGAAAUGUUUAGUGACUUAAAAUAUUCACAUUUCGCGAUUAAAAUCGUUGACGUUAGGAUGAAUCUCAUGAAAAAUCUCGAAUCUAUGUAUUUUUUUGGUUCAAUAACGAAAAAAAAUGACAAUUGCAUAAUUGACCACAUAAAUCGCAUGCUCAAUAUUAACAAUGCGAAUAAUAAUGACAAUUAUAAUAAUCAUAAUUAUAAUAGGCCACGAGGCUUUUGCUACGAAAAAAGCGUGAGAAAGCGUCGAGAAAUUUCGUUCUCGAGUAAUUUUAUUUGUGCCCAACGCGUUACCGGCAAUUUUUCCGAUGGAAACUAAUGCCCACGAUCCCUACAGGAUAAUAAUAAUCUCAUAGCGCCGAGCCAUUUUGUACGUAUUCUUGUUUGUUACAGCGAAGAAAGAAAGCAAGAAAAAAUGUAAACAAUAAUACUGCGAUAUUGCUGCUACCGCUC